AUGGAUCUCGAGGCUCGCAGUCCCCCACUUCAGCCCGCUCAUUCCAACGCAACGGAGCGAAUGGCUAACCAAUUGGAAACGCUUCUUUCUCAGAGAGAGGAGAUUCGCUCCAUCGACAAUCAACAUGCUGCGGACGACAUUGAUCUUUUGCGUCAGAUUGGUUACAAGCAAGAAUUAAGAAGAGAAUAUUCGACAUUCCAAGUCUUCGGAAUCGCUUUCUCCAUUAUGGGAUUGUUGCCUUCCAUCACGACUACUGCUGCUGUUGGCUUAGAGGCUGGGCCCGUAGGUCUUGUCUGGGGAUGGUUUGUCAGUGGAUUUUUCAUCCUCUGUGUUGGUAUCUCCAUGAGUUUCUUAGGUUCAUCCAUUCCAACUUCCGGUGGCUUGUUUUACUACACCAACUACUUCGCUGGCGAAAAGGUUCGGGUGCCAUUGUCUUUUUUAAUUGGAUGCUCCAACACUUUGGCAUUGUGUACUGCGUUGUGCUCCAUUAACUACGGGUUUGUGUCUGAAUUGUUCGCUGCGGUUUACCUUGGUACUGGCUUUGAGGCCAACAAGUACCACACUUAUGCCGUUUUUGCCGGUUGCGUGGUAACACAACUUGUUAUUUGUUCCGUCACUACUAGGAUGACUGCUACUGUCCAGUCUAUCUCAAUCUACGUGAACGUGUUCAUCAUCGUUUUAUUUUUGGUUGCUGUUCCCAUUGGAACCAAGACCAACUUGCACAAAUUUAACAAGGCAAGUUUCAUUUUUGGCGAAUUGCUGAAUUUCAGAGACUGGUCGCCUGGCUGGUCCUUCAUGCUCUCUUGGAUGCCUGCGAUCUGGACAAUUGGCAGCUUUGACUCAUGUAUCCAUAUGUCUGAAGAAUGCAAGAACCCAACCAGAAAGGUUCCAAUCGGGAUUGUUGGCUCCAUCUUUGUCUGUUGGGUCGUUGGCUGGUUCAUUGUCAUCACCAUGUGUGCUUGUAUGAAAGAUGGAGACGUAGAGGCUGUUUUGAAUAGCGAUACAGGCAUGGUAGUAGCACAAAUUAUUGCCGACUCUUUAGGGUCUAAGUGGGCCAUUGCAUUCAUGGCCUUGAUUGCUCUUGGCCAAUACUUGAUGGGAAUGUCCCUCCUUAUUGCUUUGUCUCGACAGAUGUUUUCAUUUGCGAGAGACCAUGGUUUACCAGUGAUUUACAAUUAUGUCAAGGUGAUUAAUCCCAAAAUCAAGGUUCCGCUCCGUGCUACUCUUGUUUCGGGUAUCUUUUCAAUGAUUUUGGCUUUGUUCAUCUUGAUUGAUAAAGUAGCAGCCAACGCCCUUUUUACUAUGUCUGUUGCAGGUAGUCUACUUUCUUGGGGAAUGCCAGUAUUCUUGGUAAUCUUACCUACACAAUCUGCGAAAAGGUUUGUUCCGGGACCCUUCUACUCCAAGACGCUCUUUUAUCCCAUCAAUAUUAUUACGUGCGUGUGGCUCUUCUAUGCUUUGACAAUGAGCAUGUUCCCUGACAACAAAUCUGUCAGUAAGGAAACAAUGAACUAUACUUGUGCUGUCAAUGGGAGUGUGUGGAUGUUAUCUCUUGUGUACUACUUCUUGUAUGGCUACAAGCAUUACCACGGUCCUAAAUCCAACUUAUCAUCAGUUGACUCCGAAGACGUUUCUUUCCAAAGCGAAAUUUUCGAAGGAAAAAUGGGAUAG